GGGAGCGCGCGGCGCUGCAGGCCGCCACCGACGCCCUCGCCCAGGGAGUCCGGGCCGGGCUGCUGCGCCAGAUCCUGGACACGUUCACCGACACGCAAAGACCCCUUCAAAGACUGGUCCAGGCCGCCUUGGCCGCUCGCCCAGUCGGCUCCCCGUGCGAUGGCGAGGCCUUGUCAGAGAAACUCCGGCUUUUCCUUGCUGCUUUCCGUGACCAGGCCAAGCAGAUGCUGAGAGUGGCUCACUUGGUCUUGGUUUGCUGCCCCCGACAACAAACUGGCGAAGACAUGGAGGUCACCAUGACAGGCCUUUGGGCGCUUGUGGUCAGAGUGCAACAACUUUUUUCACAAAGCCCCCAACGGUCUGAUCUGGACUGGAGCCCUGCCGCCUUGCAGGCCCUGCUUCAGGCAUGGACCAGGGCAUCUGAAGGCCUGUUGGCAUGCUUCGAUGACGUUCUCGAUAUUCCUGAGUUCCUGAGUGUGUCCAUUCAGGAAAUGAUCAACCACGUAGACUUCUUUACAUGGGCUUUGAGGAGUGGAGAUUCCGGAGAGCUUCCCAGACUCGUGGCAUAUUUACAGGGUCGAGCCACACACAUAGCGCAGGUGAUGAGCAGCCUUCAGGACUCUACAGCUCCCGCACUGAAACACCAGGGGGAAGCUGGGGUGGAGAAAAGCAAGUCGGGUACCUCCUCUCCACCAAGGGACAAUCUUUCCUGCCCCUUGAUUCCUGACAUCCAUCCACAGAGGAGGGACUCUCCGCCACCCGCCACCAGCAAACUCAUCCUUGCUGCAGAGAGCCAGAGCCACCAGGUAGUGACCUCAGCUAACACCAACUUGCAGGAGCAGGAUGCAGCCGUGGAUGGACCUCAGGAGGCCCUGGCUGGGGAGGGGCCACUGGGGUCAGAGAGGAUGCUUGGACUCCAAGAAAUCCCAACACUAGCACGUUCUGUUAUUGACCUAGCAAGGGAGAUAGCACAUUGCACCACUGCUAGAAGCGAUGGGCUUCUGGAAGUGACUCUCCAGCUGUCUGGGAGACCCAGGGAAACUGGCCAGGGUUUGGUGGCCAGGGCUGGUGACUGGUACCCUCUGUGUCAGCAGCUGUUUUGUCACAACCCAGCAGUGGAUCUUCCAGGGAACAUGGCAGCGUUCAUGGAGCUGCAGCAGGACUUAGCCUCCGUGGUUCAACUAGCAGCCAAAAGUGGGCCUGUGGAUUGGGAUAAGCAGGACCCUGCCUCCACUGGGCAUCCAGAAGCACUUUUACAAAUGCAAGGCAGAUUGGAGGAGGUGGAGACCCAUUCUAAACAGCUGUUGGACAAGAUUCUGGCUGCUGAAGGCCUCCAAGCCCCUGAGUCGUGGGAGGAGAGCAUUGAGGGUGGGUGCCUUCUAUGGUCAGUGGCUGUCCAAGGCCUACUUCAGUGCAUGAAGGGACUCAGCAGGAAACAAAGCCUGUUCUUACUGCCCCUGCAACAGGCUGUGAAGGACCAGCAGGGACUGCAGGAAGGGUUGGCCCAGGUAGCAGAUGGUUCUCAGAGGCUACAGGAGGCUGCCAGGCUCUCUAGCCUCCUGUGCGGGGAUGUGCGGGUAAAAGGUGAGGUCUCCUUUUUGUGCAGGGAAAUUCACGUGCUCACAGAUGCUCUGCUGGAUGUGGCAGAAAUCCUGGCCUCCUCCCCCAAACCAUCUCCGAGCCUGUCCACACGCUUUGAACUUCUCUGCUUGGAGCUCUCCUUUCGAGCCAAGGCCCUGACUGGCCACCUCAGCGUCAUCAAUGCCGACUAUGAACGUGCCUUCCAAGAUGCCUUCUGUCCAAGGCUCCCUGUCCGUAAAGGACCUCAGACCAGGCCAGAAAGCUCCCUGGAAAGAAUGGUGUCUGGUAUCCAAGCUGCACAGGGAAUCGUGGCAGGAAGUCAGGAGUCUGGACCCUGCCAGAAAGACCUUUUUAUGGCUCUGGAGAGCAUUCUCGUCCUCACCAAGGAGGUGGCCCAGAGGGUCCCAGUGCUCCAAGAACACCCAGAGGAGUGGAGAACGCACACCCUGGACUGGCUUCAGUGGGAGUGGGCAGCCAAGGCCCAUCAUGCCAUGGCCCAGCUCCAGGCCUGGAAGGGUGGUCACACCAAGGCCUGGAGACUCCUGGCCCAGUGCCUGAAGCCCAGUGAGGAGACAGCGGUGAUGAAGUCCAGGGACGAACAGAACCCUGCCCGGACCCGGGCCCAGCUCCACUGUGAGGAGCAUGCAUCAGAAGCUGCUGCAGGGAGCAGUGUGGAUUCUCAGGGUGCUGCCCCCCAAAACAGCCCAGGGAGCUCAGUAGGGACCUGUGCGGCUGGCCCAGCCAUUUUCGGAACAAUCGCAGCAGACCUGGACACGGUAGGGCAGUCAGCAUCUUUACUCCUCCCUCACCACAGCCCUCUUCCUAGUAACCAAAGGCCACUGCCAAGUUCCAGAAAAAGCUGUCUUGGUGCCCACAUGUGUAAUUCACAUCUGGCCGGCAGCACAGAAGUGGUUCCGCUUGCUGUGACCGACAGCACCCCUCCUGUGGGUGAGGUUGCCUUAUGCCACCUCGACCUCUGUGAUGUUACCUCCCUGCCCCGGUCGAGAUUCUUUUGUCGGCAAAUGGAGCAGCCUGGCAGCCCCACAUCCAGCUCCCCGGGUCCCCUGGCCUGGCUGGGCCCUGAGCCAGACCAGCGGCUCCCGGAGGAUGGCGGCGCAGACAGAGGGAGCAGAAUCAUCCAGAUGACCCGCGAGAUGGCCACAGAGGUGCUCCUGAUGGCCCAGAGUCUGAGAAGGGGAGGACGCAUCUUGACCAAAGAUCAACUCAUUACCUCCGCUAGGAACAUUGCGACUUCUGGACAAAACUUCGCCAGAUUUAUCCGCAUUAUUGCUAAGAACUGCGUAGAUCAAAGAUGUUCCCAGGAGCUAUUGUCUGUGGUAGAGCAGAUUCAAACCAUGAGCAACCAGCUACGCAUCAUCUCCAGCGUAAAGGCGUCUCUGGCAAGAAGCAGGUCCUCUGAAGAGCUCCUUCUGGAAAACGCGCGGCAGCUCCUCCGGGCCGUCUCCAAGACGGUGAGGACCACGGAAGCCGCAAGUCUCCGGGGCUUGAGACAACCUUCCUCAGACCCAGAAGAAUUGGAAGUUGCCGCCUUCUGCGUGCAGUGGAGAAGAAAACUAAGGCACAGACUUCGAGAAACUUCAAACCUGGACUGUGAUGAGCUGGGCCUGCGAAAAACCAGCACAAAAGGGCCUCCAACACUAGCAGCCCUGGUUGAAGAAGCCUUAUAAAGGCUGAGAAGUAUUCCCCGAGUCAGACUUUCUGUUGAUGUGAGAUGAGCUUCCCAGGGUGGGGAGGGCCUUUUAGGCUGAAUCA